CUAUUCUUGUGCCUAUAAAUUCAAAAACCAGCAAUCAAAGCCCCACAUACUUACCGAGUCACACCAGAGAGAAGAAAGAUAGAAACUCAAAAAAACCAUGCUUGGAAAUGGAAACUUUGAUGAAGAAGGAAAGGGAACCCAAGUCCAAAAAAACAUGAAGGACGAUAAGCUUUCUUUGGGAAAGAUCAAGCGAGUCGACUCACUCAAUCUGGAGGCCGGAAAAGUCUUCAUGUCACCUAGCCACGCCUCAAAGUUUACUUGGGCGACUACACUGAGCUUGGCGUUUCAGAGCAUUGGAAUUGUUUAUGGGGAUAUAGGGACGUCGCCUCUCUACGUCUACUCAAGCAUUUUCACAGAUGGAAUUGGAGACAAAGAAGACAUUCUUGGGGUUUUGUCGCUAAUUAUAUACACAAUAGUGUUGAUCCCACUCAUUAAGUACGUUUUCAUUGUGUUAUGGGCUAAUGACAAUGGCGAUGGUGGAACGUUUGCUCUUUAUUCGCUGAUUUGCCGGUAUGCGAAGGUGGGUUUGAUUCCGAAAGAUCAACCGGAGGACAAUGAGCUUUCAAACUACAGACUUGAUACUCCAUCAAGACACGCUGAACGAGCCGAGAAGAUCAAAGAGAAGCUAGAGAAUAGUAGAACUGCUCAGAUCGCGCUGUUCAUUGUAACUAUUCUAGGAACUUCAAUGGUCAUUGGAGAUGGCGUUCUCACUCCAUGCAUUUCAGUUCUUUCUGCUGUGAGUGGAAUCAAAUCUCUGGGGAAAGAUGCUGUUGUGGGGAUUUCUGUGGCGAUAUUGAUUGUUUUGUUCUCCGUUCAACGAUUUGGGACUGAUAAAGUAGGCUUUGCAUUUGCUCCCAUCAUAUGCCUUUGGUUUUUCUUCAUUGCUUGCAUUGGGCUUUAUAACUUGAUCAAAUUUGAUUUGGGAGUCUUGCGUGCUUUCUAUCCAAAAUACGUCGUCGAUUACUUCAAAAGAAAUGGUAAAGAAGGUUGGAUAUCGCUUGGCGGAGUGGUUAUGUGCAUUACAGGGACUGAAGCCAUGUUUGCUGAUCUGGGUCACUUCAAUGUCCGAGCAAUCCAACUUAGUUUCUCUUGUGUUACACUCCCUGCAUUAUUAGCUGCAUAUUGUGGACAAGCAGCAUUUCUAACCAAAUUCCCAAAUGAAGUAGCUGAUACUUUCUAUGCAUCAGUGCCAGAUCUAUUAUACUGGCCAACAUUUGUGAUCGCGGUUGCUGCUGCAAUCAUUGCUAGCCAAGCGAUGAUAUCUGGGGCGUUUGCAAUAAUCUCUCAGUCACUGACUCUUAAUUGUUUCCCCAGAGUCAAGGUUGUUUAUACUUCUGCCAAGCACGAAGGCCAGGUCUACAUUCCUGAGAUCAAUUACAUGCUAAUGAUUGCCUGUGUAAUAGUCUGUGUAGCCUUCCAGACCACUGAAAACAUCGGCCACGCAUAUGGAAUCGCGGUGGUUGCUGUAAUGGUGAUGACAACGUUUAUGAUUACGCUUAUAAUGCUGGUUAUCUGGAGGACGAGGCUAUCGUUGGUUGUGUUGUUCUUCGCAGUAUUUUCUCUCGUCGAACUGGUGUAUCUGUCAUCUGUUUUGUACAAAUUCAAAGAAGGUGGAUAUCUUCCUCUAGCGCUAGCAUUUUUCCUGGUGACGAUCAUGGGAAUAUGGCAUUAUGCGCAGAGACAAAGGUACAUUUUCGAGCUCAACAACAAAGUGUCUAGUGAGUCCAUAAAAGGAUUGAUUUCAGACCGGAACGUAAACAGAAUUCCCGGGAUAGGACUCCUAUACUCCGAGCUGGUGCAGGGAAUUCCACCAAUAUUUCCACACUUCAUUGCAAACGUACCGUCUGCACAUUCAGUUCUAGUUUUUGUUUCAAUCAAGUUGAUCCCAAUUAGUAAAGUGGCCUUGGAGGAGAGGUUCUUGUUUCGACAAGUCGAGCCAAGGGAGUACAGAAUGUUCCGCUGCAUUGUGAGAUAUGGCUACAACGAUCCAAUCGAGGAAUCCCAAGAAUUUGAGCGUCAGUUGGUGGAGAACAUGAAGGAAUUCAUACGCCAGGAGCACGCCUUCCGCCAACGAGUGACAAAUGAUGAGAGCUUGAUAGAGCCAGAGAACCCUCAGCAUUCCACCAUAUCAGCUGCAUCUGCAAGUUCUUCUGAUCAGACUGCACACACGUCGGUUCAAGGAGCUGAAGACGAGGUGCAGUUUGUGCAGAAGGCAAUGGAGAGAGGAGUGGUUUAUUUACUUGGAGAAGCAGAAGUUGUUGCAGAACCAAAUUCAUCGUUUUUCAACAAGAUGGUUGUUAACUAUGCGUAUAGUUUCUUGAGGAAAAAUUUCAGAGAUGGAAAGAAAGUUCUUGCAAUUCCGCGGACUCGGCUUGUCAAGGUCGGAAUGACAUACGAGAUUUAGUGACAAAAAACAGUUCCUGAACUAAAACAGAUGUGAGAGACCCAACGGUUUGCCUGAAAUAAGUAGCGAACAACUACAUGUGUGGAUGGAUAACAGAUUUGCGCGUAGACUGAACGGACUGAGUUUAGGCCCAUGUCGGAUGUUCAAAGGACUAGCCCGUAUGGAAAAAAAAAAUAGCGUUGUUCCCAGCUAACCAAAAAAAUUUAUUUUUGUUUCUGUGAUUUCAAGAAUGCAGUUCA